CCGACAAUCAAUUUUUUAAAAACAUCUUCUAAUUCUAAAUUUCAGACAAAAAAAAAUAAAAAGACAACAAUUGAAUCGUUCAUCGACUGUAUCGACUCUGCUGCUUUCCAGAAUCUGAGACGAAGUUAUUGUACCAAAGAUUUAAUAGUAUGGAUCCGAUGAAAGAGAAGAGUAUUGGAUACAUGAAAACACAGAUCUUGCUGUACUCGGCCGUUUUGGAGAGCAGAUGAAGAUGGCGUGAAAUGUGACAGAAGAUGAAAAUCAGAUCUGCAAGGUGUGGGGAUGCCUCCAGAGAUAUGUAAAACGUGUAUAUCACAACUUCAAAGGAAAGACCAAGAGUUGUUAUUCAGGAAGUGCAAUAGCACCUAAACAACAAAAGAUAAGUUUACUUGCUCAAUAUCAUUGUUAAUAUAGUUUCAAUUUUUAAAAACUUCAUGGUUCCAAUCUUUAUUAAUUUAUAUAUUAUAUAUAUCAGAUGGUUAAAAUUAGUUAUAUUCUUUUACAGUGGUUAUGAAGAUGAUACCGAGUUUAUGAAGAUAAUGGAAUAGCUUUGAAAUUAUAAAAAGAAGCACACAUGGGUAAUAUAACAAUGCGAAAUUAUUUGUAUAUAUUACAUUAGGAAUAUAACUAAUAGUCUAUACAGAUUUCUCCCUUGUUCUUCUUAUUGACUUUAUAUUUUAUAAAUUGUGAGGUUUGUAUAUGGGAUAGACAACAAAAUGGAGAUAAGGAGCAUAACGGUUCUGAGAUGAGGAAUCACUAUGGAACAUCUAUUACGUAAAUUAAAAGUAGCCCAUACUUGUGGAAGCUACAUAUGGUGUUUGUGAAAGCGUGCCAAAUCUGGAAGAAGAUAUAGGUGGACUCUGAACAAUUUGCGAACCAAUACCACCACUUUGAGGUACAUAUAGAUGCGAGAUGUGAGGUGUACAAAAAAACACAAUAAGAAAAAUCAAUUACUCUUCAGAUGAGGGCGUAGCUUCGUAGCAGAAGUGGUAUCUGGAACCUCAAUAAUCUCUUCUCCUGAUCGCUUAGAAGGAGUGGCCAUCUUGACAGAGCUUUCAUCACUCUCCGAUUUUUGCAAAACGGAUGAGACAAACAACCACUCCAAACUGUGCUUCCUCUCUGUGAGAUUCCAUCUCCUCAGCAAACUUCCCCCACAAACAACAUGGGACAUCCUAAAGAUGACGGAUGAGCAGAGGAAGAUUUACGAAGAGAUUAUGGAAGCAGUCAUUGAAAAAAAAGGUGGAAUAUUUUUUGUUUAUGGAUUUGGUGGAACCGGAAAAACUUUUUUGUGGAGAUUACUAUCUGCUGCUAUUAGAUCCAGGGGUGAGAUUGUGUUGAAUGUUGCCUCAAGUGGUAUUGCAUCGCUUCUGUUACAAGGGGGGAGGACUGCACAUUCUAGAUUCGGUAUACCAAUCAAUCCUGAUGAGUAUUCUCUGUGUAAUUUGCCACCAGGGUCUGAUCCUGGUAAUUUGGUUAAAGAAGCCUCACUGAUUAUAUGGGAUGAAGCACCGAUGAUGAGUAAACAUUGUUUCGAGUCAUUGGACAGAAGCUUAGCUGACAUUAUGAGAUGUAAAGAAAAAAAGCCAUUUGCUGGGAAAGUAGUUGUAUUGGGUGGUGAUUUCAGGCAAGUUCUUCCGGUUAUUAAUGGUGGAUCAAGAACUGAAAUAGUGCUGAAUUCUCUAAAUUUUUCCUAUCUCUGGAAACACUGUAAAGUUCUCAAACUAACCAAGAAUAUGAGAUUGUUGUCUACCAAUAUGACUGCAGAAGAGUUGAAAGACCUUGAAGCAUUUUCCCAAUGGAUAUUGGAUGUUGGGGAUGGAGUUGCUGGUGAGCCCAAUGAUGGUGAUGCACUAAUCACUAUUCCAGAUGAGUUUCUGAUUAUGGAUGCAAACGAUCCUAUAGAAUCAAUCAGCAAAGAAGUGUACGGAGAUGCAACAGCUCUACAGGAGCAGAAAGAUCCUAUUUUUUUUCAAGAGAGAGCAAUUCUAUGCCCGACAAACGAGGACGUUAACAACAUAAAUCAGCAUAUGUUGGAUAAACUAGAAGGUGAGGAGAGAACAUAUUUAAGCUCUGACAGCAUAGACCCAUCUGAUCAGCGAUCUGUCAAUGAUCAAGCUCUCACACCAGAUUUUCUUAACAGUAUCAAGGCAUCAGGUUUACCUAACCACAAUCUUAGGUUGAAAAUUGGAUGCCCUAUCAUGUUGCUGAGGAAUAUCGAUCAUGUUGGAGGUUUGAUGAAUGGAACUAGAUUGCAGAUUAUAGAUAUGUCUGACUUCUGUGUCAAGGCGCGAGUAAUUACAGGAAAGAAAGUUGGGGAUGUUGUUCUAAUUCCUAGGCUGUCAAUUACUCCAUCGGAUACAAAGUUACCAUUCAAAAUGAAGAGAAGGCAGCUUCCAAUUUCUGUGGCAUUUGCUAUCACAAUUAAUAAAAGUCAGGGUCAAUCUCUCUCACAUGUUGGAAUAUUUCUACCACGCCCAGUGUUUUCUCAUGGACAACUCUAUGUUGCUAUCUCUAGGGUUACAUCCAAGAAAGGUUUGAAGAUUUUGAUUGUUGAUGAGGAUGGAAAUCCUCAAAAACAAACAAAAAAUGUUGUUUUCAAAGAGAUUUUUGAAAAUCUCUGAGUUUGAUUUAAUUUCAUACUAUGUUUGUUUUUUUAUUCAAUUUUCAAAAUUGUUGUUCACUACAUUUAAGUGUGUGAUUAUCGCUCA